GCGCAAACAGCCGAGAUGGCAGUGUCUACGACGCCCGUGGUCUCUGUCGGCCUACAAUCACCGCAUCGACCUGCCACCAGACGACCGAUGGAGCCGAAUGUGAGGAAUAUCGUGCUGGGCGAGCACCACAUCAAGCCUGACUACCCGUCCUUCUACCCGGAGGACAUGGUCGGCGGGAAGAAGACGGAAUGGCUGUAUGUCUGCCAGAGCUGCUUCAAAUACACCAACGAGCUGUUGAAGUACAGCGCGCACUGUUCUGCCCGAUGAAAUCAGAGCCACCACACGGCGAAGUCAUCUACGACCAGGACAACUAUGCAAUCCACAAGCUCGAUGGAGAAGAGCACAAACUGUAUGCCCAGAACCUGUCUCUUUUCGCCAAACUCUUCUUAGAGACCAAAUCCGUCUUCUUCGACGCCUCCACUUUCCUCUUCUACACUCUCGUCCUUCGUGACCCAUCCAGCAAAUCCAACCCCCAUGGCGAAGUCGUCGGCUUCUUCUCCAAAGAGAAGAUGUCAUGGGAUAACAACAACCUGGCCUGCAUCGUAGUCUUUCCUCCCUGGAAGCAGCGCGGUCUGGGUCAAAUCCUCAUCGCAGCAUCGUAUGUCUUGGGCAGACGGGAGAACCGUUUCGGCGGCCCCGAGCGUCCUCUAUCGGCGGAUGGGAGAAAGAGCUAUGUCAAAUACUGGACCGGAGCAGUCGCUCGAGAAGUGUUGCUCGGAGGACAUGGUAAGAAGGUAUUGAGUGUCAAGGAUCUGGCAGAGAAGACGUGGAUCAUGCCCGAAGAUGUUGUCGUCGCGCUGAAAGAAAUGGACGUCUUUGAGAAGAGGAAGACUGCUAGUGGGAACAUCGUCGUGUCGAAGAGCAAAGUCAGAGCAUGGGUUGAGAAGCAAAACGUGAGCCUCGACAGUAUUGUCGAUGUUGACCAUUUCGUAGAAGAUAGCGCAAGUGAAGACGAAGAAAUCAACAAUGUCUAGCACGA